AUGACUUCCUCCAUACCUUUUGAUCACAUCAAUGAAGAACACGAAGAGCUCCUAACCCUUCAACUCUCCACCGGAAACCAUUCAACCCGACCCAUCCAACAAUCUCCUCUUUUGAUCUCGACACCGUCUCAGUCUCUAACUUUAUUUGCAGCAACGAAUUUCCACAUGACAUCACUACAAAACUCUAACCCUCCUGCUCCUGCUGCCUCUAAUCACGAGGCUUCAGCGGCUGGUAGUUCCAGGUCGUCCCGUGCCCGCAGAUCUUCAGCUCAAACCCUAAGAGAAGGGAAGACUGAAGACAUACCAGCCCCAUAUCCUUGGGCUACCACAAAACGUGCUCAAGUGUACUCUCGUCGAUAUUUGCUUUCUAAUGGCAUCAAGAAAAUCAGUGGUGUGGUCCAAUGCAAAAAGUGUGAACAGAAGUAUGAGAUUGAGUAUGAUCUGGAACAAAAGUUCGAGGAUGUGGCGACUUAUGUGUCUCAGCACAAGAGUGCAAUGCGUGAUAGGGCACCUGCAGUUUGGAUGACUCCCACACUCCCGGAUUGCAAGUUCUGUGGUCAAACAAAUUGUGUGAAGCCUGAGAUGGACAAGAAGAGGUCAAUCAAUUGGCUGUUCUUGCUUUUGGGUCAAAUGCUCGGAAUGUGCAAACUCAAUGAAUUGAAGUACUUCUGCAAGCACACCAAGAAUCACAGGACCGGUGCUAAAGAUCGGGUUUUGUAUCUUACUUAUCUGGGACUGUUGAAACAACUUGAGCCGAAUGGACCCUUUGAUAUUUGA